CCGACCGUUGCUGUGAAAUAAAGCAGGUUUCUUAUUAAAAUAUUUUUUUAAUUAUUAAUAGCUUAUUCAUCACACACAUUUACUUUUUACAUUUACUUCGUUUUAAAAGUCCACUGAACGAAUUCAAAGCAUUUGAAUCGCUGGAACUUGUAAUUCAGACAGUAAUUCAGAGUCGUGUAGCGACAAUGAAAUUAACUAACUUCACAGGAAAUUAGCUUAUACCAUAUUCUCGUUAAUCUAGCAUUUGUUGUCUAACAUAAAUGUUCAUAAUUUAACUGACUAUUUAUUGUUUAUAUUUUUUUAGAUUCUCGCGUCCCAUCGGUCAUAUAUCUACAUACCCUUCUCUGAUUGGUCAACCCUGUCAACGUCAUCCAGGAAGUGUGCGCUGCAAGGGAAGCGCUGUGGCGAAAAUGGCAGCGCACAGGUACGGUUUGUCUCUAGCGUUCAUUUUGAUUUUGUCUAGUUUAGUAACCCCCAGCAGCAGUGACACGCUUGAAAAAGCAAACGACAAUGCGGAAGAAAAGCAGAGCGUUUCAGACACGCCACGGGAGGUGGACAGCGACGGCAGGGCCGCCGCAGAGGAUCUGAAUGAAAGGCAAUGGCAGUCGACUGAUGUUGAGCCGGACGGAAGCGAUGGCACCAAAGACGGCGAGUCUUUUACAGCAGCAGCAGCAGCGGCGAAAGAUCAGUUUCAGGAGGAGCUGGUCAUCCGUCCCCUGCACUCCGGGGACAUUUAUGCCAGCUUCCAGUUCCGCACACUGUGGGACAUUGACUUCCUGCAAGAGCGACAGAAGGUGUCUCAUUACCGGCUGUUCCCUAAAUCCCUGGGUCAAGUGCUCUCUAAGUUUUCGGUGCGAGAGCUGCACAUCUCCUUCACCCAGGGCUUUUGGAGGACCAUGCAGUGGGGGCAGCCCUUCAUCCCCUCUCCACCCGGAGCAGAGCUGUGGGUGUGGUUCCACGACACAGCCAGCGAUGUGGAUGGAAACUGGAAGGAACUUACCAACGUCCUCUCUGGAAUCUUCUGCGCAUCUCUAAACUUCAUUGACCUGACCAACACCGUGCAGCCCAGUGCUUCUUUUAAACCACUCGGCCUGGGGAACGCUACAGAUCACCGCUUUUUACGUUACGCAACAUUACCGCGUGAAAUCGUCUGCACUGAGAACCUCACACCCUGGAAGAAGCUUCUCCCUUGUGGUUCUAAGGCGGGUCUGGCAGUUCUCCUGAAGUCGGAGAAGCUGUUUCACAGCAGUUUCCAUUCUCAGGCCGUCCACAUCAGACCCGUCUGUCAGGAUGAACCGUGCACGAGUAAAGCGUGGGAGCUGAGGCAAACUCUCAACGUUGUGUUUGAUCUCUACACGUCAGGCCAAGGAAAAAAAGAAUGGUCUUUGUUCAAGAUGUUUUCUCGGACUUUGACAGAGGCUUGUCCUCUUGCUACUUCCAGUAAAGUCCACGUGGACAUCACAGACAACCCCGAGGGGGAGCUGUUCGAGUUGAGUCCUCCGACUUCUCUUCUCAGCCAAGCCGUGGUGCUGGGAGAUCGCCGAACAUAUUCAGUGUUUGACCUGACCAGAGCCGAGACGUUUGGACAGUUACGUUCUCUCAAUCUCCUCCUGCGCUGGAAAGGAGACAGUGGCGAUAUGCUUCGUCCUCUGCUGCAUGCGGAGCGAUACGUGGCUGGUUUUGGGCUGCAGACGGGGGAAAUCCACACCGUCAUCUAUAAUAACCACCCGUAUCGGGCCUUCCCUGUGCUGCUGAUGGACUCGGUGCCCUGGUACCUGCAGCUGUACAUUCACACCCUGACAGUCACCAGCAAGUCCCGUGAUAACAAGCCCAGUUACAUUCACUACCAGCCCGCUAAAGACCGCCAUCGUCCUCAUCUGCUGGAGAUGCUGGUCCAGUUACCCCCUCACUCUAUGACAGAGGUCACCGUACAGUUUGAGAGGGCCCUGCUCAAAUGGACCGAGUACACGCCUGAUCCUAACCACGGCUUCUACGUUGGGUCAUCUGUGGUCAGCGCCCUCGUGCCAAGUAUGGUUGCAAUGGACACCAACUUCACACAAGACCAGCCGUUGUUUAGCAGUUUCGUCCCAGUCAAAGAAGAAUCAAGCUACUUUGUGCGAGUGUACACCGAGCCGCUGCUGGUGAAUCUCCCCACGCCUGACUUCAGCAUGCCCUACAACGUCAUCUGCCUCACCUGCACGGUGGUGGCCGUGGGCUACGGCUCCUUUUACAACCUCCUGACCCGCACCUUCCAGGUGGACGAGCCGAGCCUGCCGCUGGCCAAGCGAUUGGCCAACCUCAUCCGGCGCAUAAGAGGAGUGCCGCUGCUGACCUAAACUCCCGAGAGCAGACCUGACGUCUGAAAUGUCCAUAUUAGGCAGCGGAGAGCACUGUGAUGCUCAAAAGGCAGCUGCUUUCCAGCCCUGGAAAGACCCGAUGCCAAGUGACGGUUCUGAACUUCUGUUGAACAAAUGAGCUACCGAGACGGAUUAGACUUCUUUUUAUGUUUUGUUUGGGUUUUUUGAGUCACAUAAACACAGAUUAGCAAGCUUUUUUGGGUUUUUUUUUUCGUUGUUGACCUAAGUCAGAAAAACACUACCGUUUCGAUUAAUAAUAUUUGAGUCACACAAAGAUUAUCCACGUUUUUGCUUUUCGUUUUUUUGAGUUCUAUACAUUAAGUAAAAAUUAGCCUCCUCGUUUUGUUUUCGGAUCUCUUAAGCGAAGACAUUUUUGCACUGUUGUUUUGGAAAAUGACACGUGAAGAUUUCUUAAAGGAGCUGCAUGGUUCGAGCAUCUGGGAGAAAUAUAAGUGGAAGAGUGAUGCUAGGUGUACUCCCUUUUGAGAGCGUGACCAGGCCUCAUAGACACUCAGACACUACAACCCAACUGCUGAAAGUGGAUGUCUCAGAAUGUGGCAGAUAUUUUCCAUGUUUUGUAAUGCACUGAUAUUUAAAUACGUGUUGUUGUGAA